AUGUCGACGUCUUCUAACUUUAUAGCAUUGAGACCUCCACGCACAUGCGAGUAUGUGGACCUGAAGGACUACUUAGUAUACUCACGUAAAGAGAAUGAUAACUUUAACUAUGAAAUGAACAAGAUAAAGAACAUUGAAGAGUGUGGAAGUGUUUGGGAUCGACUAAGUCUGUCAUCGACAUUGCGUUUACAGAUGAUAGACAACUGUAUCAAACAGACAGAGAGUGAUCUGAGUACUAUUACAACUGAGGAUUCAAAAUCAACAUCACCAUCAUCAUCGACCUCAUCAUCAACAUCGACUUCAUCAUCAACAUCUUUCAACAACAAUACCAAAGAACAAGUUAGACAACUGCGAUAUAAACUCAACCUGUUAAACAUGGAGAAGGACAUUGAGCAAGUACUGCAAGGACAUGCCAAGAAGACCUUCCACAAGAUAUGUAAA